AUCCACGCACAUUCUGCUGCUGCUUUCCCCCCAUUUCUCCGAUCGGAUUUAGAUUUUCAGAUCCAAUCGGCCCAUCGAUUCUCUCCAUUUCUGAUCUGCCGGACGUUUCUCUUUGAGAGGUGAUGGGGCGUCUCGCUCUGCUCCUUUUGCUUGCUUUCGCGUCGCUGCACCAGCUCUGCUUCGCCGCCGCCGCCGCCGACGACGACACGAUCUUACACGAGACGUUUGAUGAGCCGUUUGAGGGACGAUGGAUCGUCUCUGAGAAGGAGGACUACAAAGGUGUCUGGAAGCAUGAGAAAAGUGAAGGGCAUGAUGAUUAUGGACUUCUAGUAAGUGAACAGGCACGGAAGUAUGCCAUUGUGAAAGAGCUCAAUAAGCCUGUGGAUCUCAAGGACGGAACUACUGUCCUUCAAUUUGAAACUCGCCUACAGAAUAGGCUUGAAUGUGGUGGUGCAUAUUUGAAAUAUCUACGUCCCCAGGAAGCUGAGUGGAAACCAAAGGAAUUUGACAAUGAAUCUCCUUAUUCAAUCAUGUUUGGACCUGAUAAAUGUGGGUCCACAAACAAAGUGCACUUUAUCGUAAAGCAUAAGAAUCCCAAGAGUGGUGAAUACAUUGAACACCAUCUCAAAUCCCCACCCUCAGUCCCAUCCGACAAGCUAACUCAUGUUUACACUGCCAUCAUAAAGCCCGACAAUGAGCUGAGAAUUCUGCUUGAUGAUGAGGAGAAGAAGAAGGCAAAUUUGCUUUCGGCUGAUGAUUUUGAGCCUCCACUCAUUCCUGCCAAGACAAUUCCUGAUCCAGAUGACAAGAAACCUGAAGACUGGGAUGAGAGAGCAAAAAUUCCUGAUCCUGAUGCGACAAAGCCAGAUGAUUGGGAUGAGGAUGCACCAAUGGAGAUUGAAGAUGAAGAUGCUGUGAAACCAGAAGGAUGGUUGGAUGAUGAGCCUGAGGAGGUAGAUGAUCCUGAUGCAACCAAACCAGAAGAUUGGGAUGAUGAAGAGGAUGGUGAAUGGGAGGCCCCCAAAAUUGAUAACCCGAAAUGUGAAACAGCCCCUGGUUGUGGUGAAUGGAAGAGACCAAUGAAGAGGAAUCCAGCUUACAAGGGAAAAUGGCAACCUCCUCUUAUCGAAAACCCCAAUUACAAGGGUAUCUGGAAGCCUCGUGAGAUUCCAAACCCCAACUACUUUGAGCUUGACAAACCUGACUUUGAGCCUAUAACAGCUAUUGGUAUUGAGAUCUGGACAAUGCAAGAUGGUAUACUGUUUGAUAAUAUUGUCAUUACAAAGGAUGAAGAAGCUGCAGAGUCAAUUCGUGACACCACUUGGCACCCAAAGUUUGAAAUUGAGAAAGAAAAACAGAAGUCUGAAGAUGAAGCUGCUAGGUCUGAUGGACUUGCAGGCUACCAGAAGAAGGUCUUCGACAUCCUAUACAAGGUUGCUGAUAUUCCUUUCUUGAGUAAAUACAAGCCUAAGAUACUUGAUCUGAUUGAGAAGGGAGAGAAACAACCCAACAUCACCAUUGGCAUCCUUGUCUCUGUUGUGGUGAUAAUUAUCACUAUUCUCUUCAAGAUCCUUUUCGGUGGAAAGAAACAAGCAAGAGUGGAGAACAAGCCAGAGGUCAGUGAGACUUCUAAUGAUCAAGGAAGCAGCGAUGAGAAGACUGAAGAGAUGGAGAAAGAAGAGGAACCUGCUGCUGCUCCUCGCCGAAGGACAACCAGGCGUGAAAAUUGAAGGGGACUAAAAGGGGAGAAGGUUGAAACUGAUAUCACUAUUGGUAAAUUUUGAACUUUAGAUGUCCUAGAUCAAACGGAUUCCUAUUCAUGUUUGUUUGGUAAUUUUUAGCUCUAUAAUGAAUAUUAGGUUAAUGAAGAGUGUACAUGAGACAGUAUUGUUCUGCCUCAAAGCAAAAACUGUUUUGACAGAGUUUUGAGAAUUUUAAGCCGUUGAAUGCCAAAGAUCUCAUCUGUUUACUCAA